AUGCCAGGCGGCCAGGUUGGUGAACCCUUCUUGCCCCAGGGUUAUUCGUCCAGUUCUUCGGUCUCUGUUCCUUGGCUUUGUCUGUGUGAUGUCACACAACUUCGCCCGAAAGCUCCCAUUCAAGAUGGUGGUACCAAGGUUACAG